AUGGCCAGCAAAUCAACAAAGAAAGCAGCCGUUCGUCCACCGAAGGAGAAAGCGCCUGUGAUCAAGAAAACGUUCUUGCAUAAUCGAAAGACAGACAAACGAUACCGUCUCAAUGGUGACAAAGACAUGAGCCGAAAACCAGCAAAAGCCUGUUUAAAUCGAGAUUUUUCACAGUAUGUUGCCUACACAGCUCCACAAUUGCCAAGCAAAGUCGAUCUUCGACCUUGGAUGACAUCAAUUGAAGAUCAAUCUGAUACGAACAGUUGUACAGCCAAUGCCAUGGCUGGAAUCUACGAAUACUUGAAUUAUCGAACUACUGGUCGCCUUGAAGACGUCAGUCGUCUUUUCAUCUAUUAUAAUAGUCGCAUUAAGGAUAAUGAAGGAGAUUCCAAUAUCACCGAUGAAGGUACAAGUAUUGCUACGACAAUUGAAGUUGUUGAAGAGCAAGGUGUCUGUCUUGAAUCAAUGUGGCCAUACAAUAUCAAAAAAGUUAAUACUAAACCACAUAGUCAAUGUUAUGCUGCUGCUGCACCUUAUGGCAUUUCUGAAGCACUUGAACUGGAUAUUAAUAUUGAUGAAAUGAGAUCUUGUCUUGCUCAGGGAUUUCCUUUUCUAGUUAGUCUCAACUUGUAUAAUUCAUUUGACAAGGCAGGUACAAAUGGAGUUGUGACUGUGCCAAAAAGUAGUGAAGUAGCUCGAUCAUCACAUGGAAGACACGCGCUUGUAGUAGCCGGUUACAGUGAUCAUUCAAGAGCAUUUAUCGUACGAAAUUCAUGGGGAGCUACCUGGGGGGACAGAGGUUACUGCUAUAUACCAUACGAUUAUGUGGGAAGUGAUGAUUUGUGUAAUGCUGCUUGGACAGUUAAAAAGCUUGGUGUGGCAACAAUGGGCAAUGAAGGCUGGGACGAUGAAGAUGAUGUUGAUUACUUGGAAGAUGACGAUGAAGAAGAAGAAGAAGAAGAUAAUGUUGAUGAUGAUGAUGACGAAGAUGGGGAUGACGAAGAUGCUGAUAUUGAAGAAGUUGAAGAAGAAGACGAAGAAGCUGAUGAUGACGAGGAAGAUGAAGAUGACGACGAAGAGGAUGGCGAUGAGGAGGAAGAUGGUGAAGAUGAGGAUAAUGAUGAAGAGGAAUAG